AUGAGCAAGAAAAGUAGCAAAGCGCAGCAGGCCAAAGUGGCCAUGACCUACAACAUCAACGACACGGUCCUAGGCAAAGUGCGCGGCUUUCCACCGUGGCCCGGCAUGGUUGUGGACCCAGACAAUGUCCACCCCACUAUGGCUCUCGAACGCCCCAGCAACAAAAAAGCCAUGUUUUACUGUGUCAGGUUCUUCCCUUUGGGUGACCAUGCAUGGUUAGUCGAGAAAGACAUCUCAAAGCUCCAACGACACGAAAUUGAGUUGUAUAUCUCAGAGCCCCACAAAAUGUCAUCAGAGCUGUUGAAUGGGUAUCGCAUUGCUCUGGACCCUGCGACGUGGCUCGUGGAGAAAGAGGCUAUGAUCCAGGAUACAGUAGACAUGGAGGAAAAUGCUGAGAUUGACCAGCUUGCAGAGACAGAGGAUGGAGAAGAUGAAGGAGCUGCAGGCAAGAAACAAGGGAAGAAAAGGAAAUGUGACGAUGCUUCUGCAUCUAUCAAAGAAAAGAAAGAGAGGAAGAAAUCCAAUAAACCAGCAAAAGCCAAGGCAAAGAAAGACACUGAUGCUGGAAGAACCACAAGGAAGGCCAAGGCCGCCAAUGGCAAUGGUGCCUCUAAACGUUCCAAAAAGUCCCAAGUGAUGGUUGAGUCCAAAGAUGAAGGUGAAGCUGAGGCAGAUGCGGAGGAUGAGGCUGAAGAUGACGCAGAUGCUGGGCCUAGCACGAAGAGCUCCAAGAAGGCUGCGGCUGCAGCAGAUAAGACUGCUGUGUCGCCUCCACCAGCGAAGAAAGCGAAACGGGACUGGGAUGAUGAUGCUGAAGAAGUGGAGUGGAUCGUCGGAUCGCUCUGA